CACGGACCCUGCUCCGACCGGGAACGCACCGGGAACCGACCGGACCUCGCUCUUGCUGCGGCCGGGAUCCCACUGAGCCCCGCUCCGGCUGCGAACCGACCGCGAACAGAGCGGGAUCAGACCGGACCCUGCUCCCACUGGGAACCAGCUCCGCUACCGGGAACUCGCGCCGGGAUUGCCCCAGGACAACCGCCCCCGGCACCGGGACUGAGCCGGGAACCGGGACCCGCCCGUGACACCCCCCCCCCCAACCGGGACACCGGGAUCGAGCCGGGACCCUCCCAGUCGGGAUAUCGGGAUUGAGACGGGACCUUCAUCGGGACGCCGGGAUUGAGGAGGGAGCCCCCCAGCUGGGAUACUGGGACUGGCCCAGGACUCCUUCAGGACACCGGGGGUGAUCCGGGACCCCUCUCCCGGCACUGGGACUGACUUGGGACCCCCCACAGGACACCGAUACAGAUCCAGGGCCCUCAUCCAGGAUACUGGCACUGAUCCGGGACCUCCACCUGGGACACCGGCACUGAUUUGGGACCCCCCCCCCCCCCCAAGGACACGGGUACUGACCCACGACCCUGAUACUGAUCCGGGAUCCCUCCUUCGGCUUCUCAUCCGGGACCCUCAUUUGGGCCACCAACUUGGAACCGCCACCCAGGACACUGACCCCCAACCCGGGACCCCAGUACUGAUCCAGGACCCCUAUUUGGGCCUCACACACAGGACACCGAAACCAACCCAGGACCCCCCACAGGACACAGGUACUAACCCAGGGCCCCAUUUGGUCCUCCCCGCAGACAUUGAUCCUCUCCUAGGACCCCCAUAAGGACCCCGAUACCCACCCAAUCCCCCCAUAAGGAUCCCAAUACCCACCCAGGAUCUCUAUAAGGAUCUUGAUACCCACCCAGGGCCCCCAUAAAGACCCUGAUACCCAUAAGGGUCCCCAUAAGGACCCUCAUACCCACCCAGUACCCCGCUAAGGACACUGAUACCAACCCAAAACUACUAUAAGGACCCCGAUACACAGCCAGGACCUCCAUAAGGACCCCAAUAUCAACCUAGAACCAUCACCCAGGACCUUGUUACCCAUACAGGACCCCCAUCACCCACCCAGGACCCUCUCCUGGGACACUGACCCUCCCUCAGCACCCCCAUAAGGACCCCAACACCCAACCCAAGCCUCCCCCAUUUGGGCCUCAGCACCACCCCAUCACCCCCAGGCCCCCCAUCGCCAGCAGCAUGAACUCCACACUGGAGGCUCAGCCGGGCGAGGAGCCCGAGGAGCUGCCGGCCACCGAGAAGGACCUGGCGGAGGAUGCGCCGUGGAAGAAGAUCCAGCAGAACACGUUCACGCGCUGGUGCAACGAGCACCUCAAGUGCGUGCACAAGCGCAUCGGGGACCUGCAGCGGGACCUGAGCGACGGGCUGCGCCUCAUCGCGCUGCUCGAGGUGCUCAGCCAGAAGAAGAUGGGCCGCAAGUACCACCCGCGCCCCAACUUCCGACAGAUGAAGCUGGAGAACGUCUCCGUGGCCCUCGAGUUCCUGGAGCGGGAGCACAUCAAGCUGGUGUCCAUCGACAGCAAAGCGAUCGUGGACGGGAACCUGAAGCUGAUCCUGGGGCUGGUGUGGACGCUGAUCCUGCACUACUCCAUCUCCAUGCCCAUGUGGGAGGACGAGGAGGAGGAGGAGGCGCGGCGGCAGACGCCGAAGCAGCGGCUGCUGGGCUGGAUCCAGCACAAGGUCCCGCAGUUGCCCAUCACCAACUUCCACCGGGACUGGCAGGACGGGAAGGCGCUGGGAGCGCUGGUGGACAACUGCGCGCCCGGCCUGUGCCCAGACUGGGAGAGCUGGGACCCGAACCAGCCGGUGCAGAACGCGCGCGAGGCCAUGCAGCAGGCGGACGAUUGGCUCGGGGUGCCCCAGGUGAUCGCCCCCGAGGAGAUCGUGGACCCCAACGUGGACGAGCACUCGGUCAUGACCUACCUGUCCCAGUUCCCCAAGGCCAAGCUCAAGCCCGGGGCGCCCCUCAGGCCACGGCAGCCCCAGCCCGCUCGUGCCCGUGCAUAUGGGCCCGGCAUCGAGCCGCAGGGGAACGUGGUGCUGCAGCCGGCGCACUUCACGGUGGAGACCCUGGACGCUGGUGUCGGUGAGGUCCUGGUCUACGUGGAGGACCCUGAAGGCCACACCGAGGAGGCCAAGGUGGUGCCCAACAACGACAAGAAGAGGACGUACAGCGUCACGUAUGUGCCCAAGGUGGCUGGGAUGCACAAGGUGACGGUGCUGUUCGCGGGGCAGAACAUCGACAGGAGCCCCUUUGGGGUCUCCGUGGCCAUGGCGUUGGGCGACGCGGGCAAGGUGACGGCACGCGGCCCCGGCCUGGAGCCCACCGGCAACGUGGCCAACAAACCCACCUACUUCGACAUCUACACCGCGGGUGCUGGCCCAGGGGAUGUCGGGGUGGUGAUCGUGGACCCCCAGGGCCGGCGGGACACGGUGGAGGUGAUGCUGGAGGACAAGGGGGACAACAUCUUCCGCUGCACGUACCGGCCCGUGCUGGAGGGCACUCACACCGUCUGCGUCACCUUCGCCGGCUCCAACAUCCCCAAGAGCCCCUUCAGCGUCCACGUGGCUGAAGCGUGCACCCCAUCCGCGUGCCGCGCCACGGGCCGGGGGCUGCAGCCCAAGGGGGUUCGGGUGCAGGAAGUGGCCGAUUUCAAGGUGCACACCAAGGGUGCCGGCACCGGGGACCUGCGCGUGGUCGUCAAGGGGCCCAAGGGCACGGAGGAGCCGGUGACGGUGCGGGACGUGGGUGACGGCGUCUACGAGUGCGAGUAUCGCCCCUUGGUGCCCGGCAAGUACCAGGUGGCCAUUACCUGGGGGGGCUACGCCAUCCCCCGCAGCCCAUUCGAGGUGCAGGUGUCCCCCGCGCCCGGGUGGCAGAAGGUGCGGGCCUGGGGGCCGGGACUGGAGGGCGGCACCGUGGGCGCCUCGGCUGACUUCGUGGUGGAGGCUGUGGGCACCGAAGUGGGGACCCUGGGGUUCUCCAUCGAGGGCCCGUCACAGGCGCGCAUCGAGUGUGACGACCGCGGGGACGGCUCCUGCGAUGUGCGGUACUGGCCCACGGAGCCCGGGGACUACGCCGUGCACGUGGUGUGCGACGACGAGGACAUCAAGGACAGCCCCUUCAUCGCGCACAUCCUGCCCGCCCCCAGGGACUCCUGGCCUGACAAGGUGAAGGCCUUUGGGCCGGGGCUGGAGCCCAGCGGCUGCAUCGUGGAGCGCCCGGCAGAGUUCACCAUCGACACCCGCGGCGCCGGCAAAGGGCCUCUCAAGCUCUAUGCACAGGACGCCGAGGGCUUCCCCAUCGACAUCAAGGUGAAGGACAACGGUGACGGCACCUACCACUGUGUGUACGUGCCCACCAAGGCCAUCAAGCACACCAUCAUCGUCACCUGGGGUGGCGUCAACACCCCCCGCAGCCCCUUCCGGGUGGCGGUGGGCGAGGGCAGCCACCCUGGGCGGGUGAAGGUCUAUGGGCCGGGUGUGGAGAAGACAGGGCUCAAGGCCAAUGAACCCACCUACUUCACUGUGGACUGCAGCGAGGCCGGGCAGGGCGAUGUGAGCAUCGGGAUCAAGUGUGCCCCAGGUGUGGUGGGGCCGGUGGAGGCCGACAUCGACUUCGACAUCAUCAAGAACGACAACGACACGUUCACGGUGAAGUACACGCCACCGGGCGCGGGGCUCUACACCAUCAUGGUGCUGUUUGCCAACCAGGAGAUCCCCAGCAGCCCCUUCCGCAUCAAGGUGGACCCAUCCCAUGACGCCUCCAAGGUCAAGGCUGAGGGGCCCGGGCUCAGCCGGACAGGCGUGGAGGUGGGGCAGCCGACGCACUUCACGGUGCAGACGCGGGGUGCAGGCAAAGCCCCCCUGGACGUGCACUUUGGGGGGCCGGGGCCGGGCCCUGCUGUCACCGACUUCGAGCUCAUCGACAACCACGACUACACCUACACUGUCAAGUACACGGCGCUGCAGCAGGGACCCCUGUCCGUGGCUGUCACCUAUGGGGGUGACCAGAUCCCGCGCAGCCCCUUCCCUGUCACUGUGGCCCCACCCCUGCAGCUCAGCAAGGUCAAGGUGCAGGGGCUCAACAGCAAGGCGUCCGUGGGGCAGGCGCAGCAGUUCUCGGUGCAGGCGCAGGGCGCAGGGGGCCAGGGCCGGGUGGAGGUGUCUGUGACCGGCCCCUCGGGCCGCCCCGUGCCCUGUAGGGUGGCCCCACCACCCCCCGGCGGCGCCCACCCGGUCACCUUCACCCCCUCCGAGGAGGGGCCCCACCGCGUCCACGUCACCUACGAUGGGCACCCGGUGCCCGGGAGCCCCUUCCCCGUGGAGGCACUGCUGCCCCCCGACCCACACAAGGUGAGCGCCUUUGGGCCGGGUCUCCAGGGCGGGCGCGUGAACACCCCGGCCCCAUUCACCAUCGACACCAAAGGUGCCGGCACCGGGGGCCUGGGGCUGACGGUGGAGGGUCCGUGCGAGGCCAAGAUCGAGUGCCAGGACAAUGGGGACGGCUCGUGUGCCGUGUCCUACCUGCCCACCGAGCCCGGCGACUACACCAUCAACAUCCUCUUCGCCGACCAGCACAUCCCGGGCAGCCCCUUCAAGGCCGUGGUCACACCGGUGUUCGACCCGGACAAGGUGACGGCCAGCGGCCCCGGGCUGGAGCACGGCAAGGCAGGCGAGGUGGCCACCUUCAUGGUGGACUGCUCCAAAGCCGGCGAGGCUGAGCUCACCAUUGAGAUCAUCUCAGAAGCGGGGGUGAAGGCGGAGGUGCUGAUCCAAAACAACCGCGACGGCACCUACACCAUCACCUACACCCCGGCCUGCGCCGGCGCCUACACCAUCACCAUCAAGUACGGGGGGCGCGCUGUGCCCAAGUUCCCAGUGCACGUCACCGUGGAUCCGGCUGUGGACACCAGCGGUGUCAAGGUCUAUGGGAAAGGAGUGGAACCACGAGGGGUGCUGCGUGAGGUGAGCACCGACUUCACGGUGGACGCACGGGCGCUCACCAAGACGGGGGGGCCCCAUGUCACCACGCGGGUGAUCAACCCCUCGGGCGCCAAGACUGACACCUUUGUCACCGACCUUGGCGACGGCACCUACCGCGUGGAGUACACCCCCUACGAGGAUGGUGUGCACCGUGUGGAGGUGAUGUACGAUGAGGUGCCGGUGCCCAAGAGCCCAUUCCGCGUGGCUGUGGCCGAGGGCUGUGACCCCACUCGUGUGAGGGCGCACGGGCCUGGCCUGGAGGGCGGCCUUGUGGGGAAAGCCAACCGCUUCACUGUGGAGACCAGGGGCGCGGGCACCGGAGGGCUGGGCCUGGCCAUCGAGGGUCCCUCCGAGGCCAAGAUGUCCUGCAAGGACAACAAGGACGGGAGCUGCAUGGUGGAGUACAUCCCCUUCACACCGGGCGACUACGAUGUCAACAUCACCUUCGGCGGCCACCCCAUCCCUGGGAGCCCAUUCCGGGUGCCGGUGAAGGACGUGGUGGACCCCAGCAAGGUGAAGUGCUCGGGGCCAGGUCUGGGCCCCACCGUGAGGGCGCGGGUGCCCCAGACCUUCACAGUGGACUGCAGUGCCGCGGGGCUGGCGCCGCUCGAGGUCACCCUGCUGGGACCCUCUGGUCUACCAGAGCCGGUUGAGGUCCGUGACAAUGGUGAUGGCACCCACAAAGUCAACUACACCCCGUCCACCGAUGGCCCCUACACCGUGACCAUCAAAUACGCUGACCAGGAGGUCCCGCGCAGCCCCUUCAAGCUGCAGGCAGUGCCGGGCCAUGACGCCAGCAAGGUGAGAGCCAGUGGCCCUGGGCUCAGCCCCACCGGUGUCCCUGCCAGCCUGCCCGUGGAGUUCACCAUCGACGCCCGCGACGCCGGCGAGGGGCUGCUCACUGUCCAGAUCCUGGACCCCGAGGGGCAGCCGACGGCGUCAUCGAUCCGGGACAAUGGGGACGGGACGUACGCGGUGUCCUACGUGCCAGCGCUGCCCGGGCGCUACACCAGCACCGUCAAGUACGGCGGUGACGAGAUCCCGCGCUCGCCCUUCCGUACCCACGCCGUGCCCGCGGGCGACGCCAGCAAGUGCCUCGUCACAGUGUCCAUUGGGGGCCAUGGCCUGGGCGCCUGCCUGGGCCCCACCAUCCAGAUCGGGGAGGAGACGGUGAUCACGGUGGACGCCAAAGCGGCCGGGCAGGGAAAGGUGACCUGCAAAGUGUCCACCCCCGACGGGGCUGAGCUGGACGUGGAUGUGGUGGAGAACCACGACGGCACCUUCGACAUCUACUACACAGCGCCCGAGCCCGGGAAAUACGUGAUCACCAUCCGCUUCGGGGGCGAGCACGUCCCCAACAGCCCCUUCCACGUCCUGGCCACAGAAGAGCCCCCAGCCACCACUGAGAACCUGCGGCCCUUCAACCUGGUCAUCCCCUUCACAGUGCAGAAGGGCGAGAUCACAGGGGAGGUGCGGAUGCCCUCGGGGAAGACGGCACGACCCAACAUCACUGACAACAAGGACGGGACGGUGACUGUGCGCUACGCUCCCACUGAGAAGGGUCUGCACGAGAUGGACAUCCGCUAUGAUGGCAACCACAUCCCUGGGAGUCCCCUCCAGUUCUAUGUGGAUGCCAUCAACCCCCGGCAUGUGAGCGCCUACGGGCCAGGGUUGAGCCAUGGGAUGGUCAACAAGCCUUGUACCUUCACCAUCGUCACCAAGGACGCUGGCGAGGGUGGGCUCUCUCUGGCAGUGGAAGGUCCAUCCAAGGCGGAGAUCACGUGCCAGGACAACAAGGACGGGACGUGCACCGUGUCCUACCUGCCCACUGCGCCCGGGGACUACAACAUCAUCGUGCGCUUCGAUGACAAACACAUCCCGGGCAGCCCCUUCACCGCCAAGAUCACUGGGGACGACUCCAUGCGGACGUCCCAGCUCAACGUGGGCACCUCCACGGAUGUGUCCCUGAAGAUCACAGAGACGGAUCUGAGCCUCCUGACGGCCAGCAUCAGAGCCCCAUCCGGCACCGAGGAGCCCUGCCUGCUCAAGAGGCUGCCCAACCGCCACAUCGGUAUCUCCUUCACACCCAAGGAGGUGGGUGAGCACGUGGUGAGCGUGAAGAAGAGUGGGCAGCACGUCACCAACAGCCCCUUCAAGAUCCUGGUGGGGCAGUCAGAGAUCGGGGACGCCAGCAGGGUGAAGGUGUGGGGCAAGGGGCUGGUGGAAGGGCACACCUUCGAGGUGGCUGAGUUCAUUGUGGACACACGCAGUGCUGGCUAUGGCGGGCUGGGCCUGUCCAUUGAGGGCCCCAGCAAGGUGGACAUCAACUGCGAAGACAUGGAGGAUGGGACCUGCAAGGUGACCUAUUGCCCCACUGAGCCCGGCAACUACAUCAUCAACAUCAAGUUCGCUGACAAGCAUGUCCCAGGGAGCCCCUUCACGGUGAAGGUGACGGGUGAGGGCCGCAUGAAGGAAAGCAUCACGCGCCGGCGGCAGGCGCCCUCCAUUGCCACCAUCGGCAGCACCUGCGACCUCAACCUCAAGAUCCCAGGGAGCUGGUUCCAGAUGGUGUCCGCGCAGGAGCGGCUCUCUCGCAGCUUCACGCGCAGCAGCCACACGUACACGCGCACGGAGCGCACCGAGAUCAGCAAGACCCGGGGCGGGGAGACCACGCGAGAGGUGCGCGUCGAGGAGUCCACGCGCGUCGGCGCCGACCCCUUCCCGUCGGCGUUCCCGAGCUUCCUGCCCCGUGACGGCCUCGGCCCCUUCGGCACCAUCGCCCGCAGCCAGGACGGCGAGGGCUCCCCACAGGAGCUGUGUGCGCACGUGCUGAGCCCCUCGGGGCAGCGCUUCGAGGCCGAGGUGGUGGCGGGCGCCGCCGGGGUGUACAGCGUGCGGUUCGUGCCGCAGGAGAUGGGCCCGCACACCGUGAGCGUCAAGUACCGCGGGCAGCACGUGCCCGGCAGCCCCUUCCAGUUCACCGUGGGGCCGCUGGGCGAGGGCGGCGCACACAAGGUGCGGGCGGGGGGCACCGGCCUCCAGCGUGGCGUCGCCGGAGUGCCAGCCGAGUUUAGCAUCUGGACACGGGAGGCAGGUGCCGGGGGCCUCUCCAUCGCCGUCGAAGGGCCCAGCAAGGCCGAGAUCUCCUUUGAGGACCGCAAGGACGGGUCCUGCGGCGUCUCCUACCUCGUGCAGGAGCCGGGUGACUACGAGGUCUCCAUCAAGUUCAAUGAGGAGCACAUCCCCGACAGCCCCUUUGUGGUGCCGGUGGCAUCGCCCUCGGACGAUGCCCGGCGCCUCACUGUCACCAGCCUGCAGGAGGAGGUGACGGUGAACCAGCCCGCGUCCUUCGCGGUGCAGCUCAAUGGGGCGCGUGGGGUCAUCGACGCCAAAGUGCACACCCCGGGGGGCACGGUGCAGGAGUGCUGCGUGUGCGAGCUGGACAGCGACAAGUACUCGAUCGGGUUCCUGCCACGUGAGAACGGGGUGCACUCCAUUGACCUGCGCUUCAAUGGGCGCCAUGUACCCGGGAGCCCCUUCAACAUCCGCGUCGGGGAGCAGGGCCAGGCCGGGGACCCCGGCCUCGUCACCGCCUAUGGGCCCGGCCUCGAGGGCGGCGUCACAGGGGUGUGCUCCGAGUUCCUGGUGCAAACGGCCAACGCGGGCCCUGGGGCUCUGUCCGUCACCAUCGACGGCCCCUCCAAGGUGAAGCUGGACUGCGUGGAGUGCGCCGAGGGGCACCGCGUCACCUACACCCCCAUGGCCCCCGGCAACUACCUCAUCUCCAUCAAGUACGGCGGCCCCCACCACAUCGUGGGCAGCCCCUUCAAGGCCAAGGUCACCGGCCCGCGCCUCUCGGGGGGUCACAGCCUGCACGAGACCUCCACGGUGCUGGUGGAGACGGUGACGCGGGGGGGGGCAGCGCGGGCCCCCCCCGCCUUCGGGGCGCUCCCCAAGUUCUCGUCGGACGCGGGCAAGGUGGUGGCGCGGGGACCGGGGCUGGCGACCGCCUUCCUGGGCCAGAAGAACCACUUCACCGUGGACUGCAGCAAGGCCGGUACCAACAUGCUGAUGGUGGGGGUGCAUGGCCCCAAGACCCCCUGCGAGGAGGUGUACGUCAAGCACGUGGGCAACCGGGUCUACAAUGUGACCUACACGGUGAAGGAGAAGGGGGACUACGUCCUGAUCCUGCGCUGGGGAGAGGACAAUGUCCCUGGCAGCCCCUACCGCGUCACUGUGCCCUGACCCCUGGCACCUAGCGCUGUGUGGGGCACCAAUAAAGCACUGGGAGAGUC